CCUUCCGAACCCGAUCCGUUCACAGCCCUACCUCAUUUUCAAACUCUCUAUGCCUCGUUUGUUUCUCACUUCUCUCUCUCUCUCGAAGAUGUGGGGUAGUGAAGGAGAAGCACCGGAGGUCACUCUCGAGACCUCCAUGGGUUCUUUCACCGUUGAGAUGUACUAUCACCAUGCGCCCAGAACUUGCAGAAACUUCAUUGAACUCGCUCGCAGAGGUUACUACGACAAUGUCAAGUUCCACAGAAUCAUCAAGGAUUUCAUAGUGCAAGGUGGUGAUCCCACUGGUACAGGAAGGGGUGGUGAAUCUAUAUAUGGUGCUAAGUUCGAGGAUGAGAUAACAACAAAGUUAAAGCAUACUGGAGCUGGCAUUAUAUCCAUGGCAAAUGCUGGUCCAAAUACCAAUGGAAGCCAGUUCUUUAUUACCUUGGCACCUACACCGUCACUAGAUGGAAAACACACAAUUUUUGGAAGAGUAUGCAGAGGAAUGGAAAUUAUCAAACGACUCGGUAGUGUUCAAACUGACAAUAAUGAUAGACCAAUCCAUGAUGUGAAGAUACUGCGAACAAGUGUCAAAGAUUGAAGUCAUGUAGCUGCUGCAAAUGCAAUCUUUAGUUGUUGAAAUGUCAUACUUUCUAAAGGUGUUUGAUAUCCUCUGUUAAUAAAAAAUGUGCCGAACUCUGUUUGCUUGUAUUUGAACACGGGAUGACAAUAUACAGACAUCAUCAGAACUUAGUCAUUUAUGAAUGUUAGAUUCCUAUGGUUAUCGAGUCUAUUUUGUGUUGUUUUGUUUUGUUUUUUCUUUUUCUUUUUUUUGUCUGUCUGUUUGUUUUUUAUAUUCUGGAAAUAUAUAUUAUCUGCUGUUUAUUUACUAAGGCAGUAUGGUUAUGGUAUAUUCAUUCUUUCU